AUGGCCAUCGCGGUAGCCUUACCCAAACACAUCUCUGAUCUCCUAGUUGAAUGCCGGAAAGCCAUCAAAGAAAAGAAGUAUGCAGAGGCAAUAAAAUCAAUCAACACGGCGCUAAAGAGCCCCGCAACCAAAACCAACACGGAACCGCGCCACUUGAUCAGUGUCUACGAUUACCGCCAUGCCGCGUAUGUGCGCCAGGGUGACCGGGAUUUGGCCCUUCAGGACGCCAAAAGCAUGAUCCGGCUUGACCGCACCGACGUGCGAGGAUAUCUUCGAUGCAGCGCGGUCGCGCGGUUCAAGGGCAACAUGACUGCCGCACUACAAUACCUCGAGCACGGGCUGAAGAACUGCGCCGAACCAGGCGACUUGGAUACACUUCGUAGCGAAACUCGAGUUGUGCGCGACCAGUUGUCGGCUGAGCUUGUCCUUUCACGGCCCAGAGAUCCAGUGACCACAUUGCCCUUCGAGGUAGUUGAGAUGAUCAUGUCAUACCUCGACUAUAGACAACACGUUCGGAUGCUCCGGGUUUCAAAGUCUUGGAAGCGCAUGCUGAGCGUCCUACCUCCUCUGAUUGACACGGUUUCUUUCGAGGGCGCCAAAUCAAACAUCACGGCAAAGAUGUUGCUCGUGGCUCUGAGGCGACUUGUAACUCCCAAGACGUUCAAGAUUUCGGGCCUGACAAGUGGUGCCAGCGAUAUACUCCAGCACCGGCUUUGGCGGGACAAAUUGAUAGAAUCCCUGCACGUGCUCCAGAUUAGCGAUCAGAACAACCCCUUCCGGAUAUUCUCUUUCGGGAGUGUCAGAAUGAGAAGGAUUGCGAUUGACUCUCCGACAAGAUGUAGUGUUGAAAUUGUCGAUCAGAUCCUGCGGCGGUGCACGGCCCUGGAGUAUGCCCGGUUCACGAUCUGUGUGGAUGCGAGUCAACUUCAGUGCAAGCUCAGCAGCAGCACUCUACUUGAACUGGACUUGAAUUGCCGGACCAAACGGGCCGGAUUGCUCGGACUCACCAUAGAUUUGCCGCAAGUUCGCACCCUCUAUCUCCGCGGCUUCGAUGACGCGCCAUGGGGAGGAGAUCUUGAUUUGCGCCAUUGCCAGUAUCUGACGGCCCUCUCCCUGUAUCAUUGUGCCGUCCGGGAUCUCUUUCUGCCCUCGACCAUCACGCACUUGCGCAUGGAAAGCUGUGAGCUCCAAACAAGCAGAAACUUAUGGCCUUUCGCAGGACCACAACCAGAGCUCCCUGCUCUGGACAAUCUCGAGACCCUGGACAUGCUUGACAGCGCUCCACGGACAAAUAUCGAAAUGCCGUUCUUGCCUCUCAUUUCCCAGGCAUCCGCGAAGACAAAGCCUGGCAAGCUCACGUCACUGGGAUUAACCUACAAGGAUGAUUCAGCGCAUUAUCUCGAGGCGCUAAUGCUGUCGGAGUGGUUCGCAGGUCUGAAGGCGCUGCAUAUCGACAGCCAAAACAUUGUCGACAGACACAGCCAGUUGUUUGUAACAGCUUGUCCUGAACUCGAGAGGAUCCAUAUCCGUGGAGCGCAGAUCACGGGCGUCUUCAUCGUCGAUCUCGUCGCGGUGCCGAAGUCCAAGCUGCGGGCCGUCACAGUGGAAGACUGCCCGAAGGUCUCCAGAGAUAUUAUACAAUUUGGGGAGCAGCGCGGCGUGCACGUCAAAUUCAUCGCCUCGGCAGAGAACAGCAGCAGGAGCAGUGGGCGCAGAGUACGCGAGGUGCAGUGA